CAAGAUGAUGAACUUAAAAAUGCAGUUCAUCAAUCUUAAACACGAUCACAGAAACAUAAAACUAGACCAGAAUCAAACCAAAACAUCACAAAAAACACUCCAUAUAUAACGAUCAAAAUCAUGCCAUCAACAAUUGUAUCCAUCUGUCAAGAAAAUGAAAACCACACAUAGCAUCCUCCUAAUCUCUCUCCUCUCCCUCUCUCCCCUGCUUACAGGGGCCGCACCGGUCGGAGUAUGCUACGGCAGGGUUGCCGCCGACCUCCCGCCGCCCGCCUCCGUGAUCGGCCUCCUCAACUCCAACGGCAUAUCAAGAAUCCGCCUCUUCAACCCUGACCCCGCCGCCCUGGCCCCCUUCUCCGGCACCGGAAUCGAGCUCACCAUCGGCGUCCCCAACGAAAUCCUCCCCACACUCGCCAAUGGCACCGUCGCCGCCUCUCUCGAUUGGCUCCAAUCCAACAUCUUCUCACACAUCGCACCCUCUCAACUCCGAUACUUAGCCGUCGGAAACGAGGUCUUGCAAAAAGAUCCAUUCUACACCCCUUUCAUCGUCCCCGCAAUCCUCAACAUUCACCAAGCCCUUCAAAUAUUAGGGCUAAACGACAUCGUUAGGGUUUCAUCGUCCCACGCAGCAACGAUUUUAUCCACUUCUUACCCUCCUUCAACCGGCGCUUUCCACAAUGAUGUGAAACCGGCUUUGAUCCCUCUCCUUCAGUUCUUGCGCGAUACUAAUUCGCCAUUGAUGGUCAACAUUUACCCUUUUUUCACCUACGUUGAGAAUGAUCAUCAGCAUGUGACGUUGGAGUAUGCUACUUUUAGGUCGUCGGAGGUUGAGAUGGAUGGGGGGUUGGCCUACGAUAACAUGUUUGAUUCGGCGGUGGAUGCGUUCGUGUACGCGAUGGAGAGGGAGGGGUUUGAGGGGAUUCCGGUGGUGGUGACGGAGACAGGGUGGCCGACGGGAGGAGGAGACGGGGGCUCGGCGGAGAAUGCGUUUGCUUAUAAUGGGAAUGUGGUGAGGAGGGCGUUGGGGGAUGUUGGGACGCCCAAGAGGCCGGGUGUUGGGGUGGAGGUUUUCUUGUUUGAUUUGUUUGAUGAGGAUGGCAAGACUGGGACUGAGUAUGAGAAGCAUUUUGGGAUUUUUGGGAUUGAUGGAAAUAAGGCUUAUGAUAUUAGGUUUAAUUAGCUACAUUUGUUGUUAUCUCACUUACUUUUAUUGUAUCAUGAAACCCCUAUGUGGAAUGAUGAAACUUAAUCUAUAAUAGGUGAAUUCUAGUCUUGAAA